AUGGAGCACUGCCUGCGCGUGUGCACCGCCACCGCUGUCCGGUGCCUGGUCGUCCUGCUGAAUGCCAUCCGCGCCUACCACCUCCAGGCUCUGUCCAGCAUCGACGCCCUCCUUCCCCGCAUCGAGGAGGCCGCCACCAACGCCGGCAUCACCACCAGUGCCGCCAGCUCCUCCGAGCCGGUCCCAGACAAUGGCCUCGUCACCGACAUCCCCUAA